CCAAAAUCAAUCUCUCUCUCUCUCCUCUUCACUUAUUCUUCUGUUUCUCUUUCUCUCUCUUCUGUGAAAAAAUGUCUAGUCGCCCCGAGAGAGAGAAAGGUGUCAACGUUCAAGUCCUCCUUCGUUGCAGGCCUUUCAGUGAAGACGAGUUGCGUAGCAAUGCGCCGCAAGUUGUAACGUGCAACGAUUACAACAGAGAAGUAUCAGUUUCUCAGAAUGUCGCUGGAAAACACUUUGAUAGGGUUUUCACUUUUGAUAAGGUCUUUGGUCCUUCUGCAAGGCAAAAAGAUCUUUAUGAACAAGCUGUAGUUCCAAUAGUAAAUGAAGUUCUAGAGGGCUUUAAUUGUACUAUAUUUGCAUACGGCCAAACUGGUACGGGAAAGACAUACACGAUGGAAGGUGAAUCCAAAAAGACAAAGUGUGGGCCUAAUGGAGAGUUGCCUGCUGAAGCAGGGGUCAUACCUAGGGCUGUUAAGCAGAUUUUUGAUACUCUUGAGGGCCAGAAUGCUGAAUAUAGUGUGAAAGUCACCUUUUUAGAACUGUAUAACGAGGAGAUUACUGAUUUGCUAGCCCCAGAGGAAAUUUCAAAAGUUUCUUUGGAGGAGAAGCAAAAAAAGCAGCUUCCUCUUAUGGAGGACGGCAAAGGUGGUGUUCUUGUAAGAGGUUUGGAGGAAGAAAUUGUAACAACUGCUAGUGAAAUUUUUACACUGCUGGAGAGAGGGUCUUCCAAACGGCGUACUGCAGAAACUUUAUUGAACAAGCAAUCAAGUCGGUCACAUUCUUUAUUUUCCAUUACAAUCCACAUCAAGGAAGCAACCCCAGAAGGUGAAGAACUUAUAAAAUGUGGCAAACUGAAUUUAGUGGAUCUAGCAGGUUCGGAAAAUAUUUCCCGUUCUGGUGCUAGAGAGGGUCGUGCAAGAGAAGCUGGAGAAAUUAAUAAAAGUUUACUUACUUUAGGGCGGGUGAUAUCUGCACUUGUGGAGCACCUUGGCCAUAUCCCUUACAGGGAUAGCAAGUUGACCCGUUUACUACGUGAUUCGCUUGGUGGACGAACGAAAACAUGUAUCAUAGCAACCGUCUCUCCUGCAGUUCAUUGCUUAGAGGAGACCUUGAGUACAUUGGAUUAUGCACACAGGGCGAAGAACAUCAGAAAUAAGCCUGAGGUUAACCAAAAACUAAUGAAAACAACUCUAAUCAAGGAUCUCUAUGGUGAAAUCGAACGCCUUAAGGCAGAGGUUUACGCUGCUCGUGAAAAAAAUGGCAUCUAUAUACCAAAGGACAGAUACGUUCAGGAGGAGAAUGAAAAGAAGGCCAUGGCAGAUCAAAUUGAGCGGAUGAAUAUUGCAUUAGACAGUCAUCAGAAGAAACUUGAGGAUUUGCAAAGAAAAUACACUGACCAAGUUUUGCAGUGCUCACAUUUAAGUACAAAACUUGAUGCCACUGAGUUAAACUUGAACCGGACCAGCCUAAUGCUGUCCAUCACAGAGGAAGAAUUAAAGAAAUGUCGGUAUACUCUUAGAGAGAAAGAUUUUAUUAUAUCUGAGCAGAGGAAAGCAGAAAAUGCUCUGACUCAUCAAGCAUGCAUUUUACGAGCUGAUUUGGAGAAAGCUCUUCAAGAUAAUGCUUCAUUGGUUUUGAAAGUUGGUAGAGAAGAUAAGUUGAACUUAGAUAACAGAGCUGUGGUGAAUAAUUUUCAAAUGGAGCUGACCCAGCAAGUUGGUUCUCUUUGUAACACUGUGGCAACAUCACUAUCUCGACAGAAUGAACACCUUGAAUGUGUGGAGAAUCUAUGCCAUUCAUUUUUGGGCGUUCACGAUAAGGCAGUUGUUGAUUUAAAGCAGAAAGUUACAACUCUAAGGACUUUGUAUAUAUCUCAUGUGGAAGCGAUGCAAAAUGUUGUGCAUUUGCAUAAGUCGUGUUCUGAUGCUACAUUUCAGGAACUAUCAUCUCUUAUAUCUUCCAAUGGUCACUCUAUUGAAGAAUUUCUUGCAUCCGAGGCCACCAAAGCAGGUUCAAUACUUGAUGAUCUUCAAACUUCUCUUUCAACUCAGCAGGGUGAAUUGACACUUUUUGCUAAGGAACUACGUCAUAGAUUAAAUGUCAAUACCGAGCAAAUAAAGGAUAUAUCUGAGUGCACUCAUGAAUUUGUGGAUAAGCUUUUGGAAGAAGCAAAGAAGCUUGAAAACUUUGCGUCUGCGGCUGAUGAAAUGCUAAUGAAGAGCAUCACCGAGUUUAAAAAAGCUUAUAAGGAGCAAGCAAAAUCUGAUACAGAGAAACUUAUAGCUGAUAUGACUAGUUUAAUAUCAAGUCACAUUUCGCAUCAAAUAGAUCUGGUAGAUACAAAGCUUGUGGAUCUUAGAGAAAAUGGUAUUGCUAGCAAGUCAUUCUUGGAUGGACAUGUAUCAUCAAUGGGAGAUAUUGUGUCAAGUGCAAGCAGAAAAUGGCAGGGAUUUUGCACACAAGCCGAACAAAAUGCCAAAGGUAUUGCCGAAUUUUCUGUCGCUAAACAUUGUCACAUGGAGGAGCUCCUGCAGCAGAGUAUCAAUACCGCUGUAAAUUUCGGCACCAGUGUGAAAGAGACACAUGAAGUUGUAAAUGAGAUUGGAGCCAAGCAUAUUUCGGCAGCAGUGUCACUUAUCAGGGACGCUACCGAUAGCAAUAUGCAACAUGACAUUGAGAUUAAUUCUGCUCGGGUUACAGCCGAGGAAGAAGUGGCAAAUAACAGCGACGAUGUCCUUCAGCAGUUCGAUGACAUGUCAGUACAGGAGCGGGAUUCGAUAUCUGGUACGUUGAUUGUUGUCAAAACUCAUGUGAAUACACUUGAGACCUUAAGAGAGGAUCACACUGGCCUAGCUACUUCAAUUGAAGUAAAGGCACGUGAAACUUUUCAGCAGCAGUAUAUGGACUAUGAGCCAAGUGGGAAUACCCCAAUAAGAUGUGAACUUGAUGUUCCAAGUAAAGGGACAAUAGAGUCUCUUAGAUCCUUGCCAAUGGAAACCCUUAUUGAGGAAUUUAGGGAAAACAAUACAUAUGAAUCAUUUGAUGUAAAGGAGUUGAAACCAUCACUAAUACCUCGUUCUCCCCUCAGCCGUGUAAAUUAAUGAUGAUGGGGGCCAUGGUGACUUACCUUUGCCCUUCACGUUAUGAAAGCAUCUAUUGUAACAUAGUUUAUUAGUAUAUUAUUA